UUUUUUUAAUGAUCUGUCCCUUUAUUACAGUAUCUUACCUAUUUAGAUUGUAAGAUAUUUUUUAGCAAGCUAUGUCUUGUAGUUUUGACUUCCUGAGUGUUCUGGGUUGGGGAUUUAAUUGCCCUCUAUUGUACUUAAUAGUGCAGUUCAAAGGAUCUAAAGAGCAGCGGAAUGGAAAAAGCAAUGCAGAGAGGCUUUGCCUUAUCUUAUUUGCCUGACUUUUCUUUGGGUUUUCUUUUCCUUUCCUCAAAGCUGAAGAGGGACACAACCAGCAGGCAUUCAAAUCUUCCUUUGAGCCUAAACCAAACUGUGACUGUGCCAAUAUGACUAACGAACUGCCUGGGAACUGAUGGCAAAUUGCUUGUAUUUUUAACCAACACAGAACAGAAAAAAAGGGUUGGGGCUCUGGUUCUCAGCAGAUUCUUUARGAGAGCCUCUCAUUAGCUGUGCUAGGGGGGCACUUCCAUUCCUUUUGGUGACUGUCAGUGCCUACAGUGGCCUGAAGUCCUUACCCACAGCAGGUGGUUUCAGUGAGGGUGCAGAAAACAUUGGCCUUUGAGAAAAUAUUAAGUCAAACUAUUUUGCAUUGUCUGAAGAAAAGAUGACUGCAUUGGUAUCAUAAGAACAAACAUUACAAAUUCAUGUUAGAAAUUUAUAGGACAAGAGACAAUAAGCAUAAAUUACAGCACAGAGCUUGAAUUUGGUUGAAAAACCUGAUGUGAAGGAGAGUUAAGCACUGGUUUAAGAUGCUGAAGGGAGCUGUGGAACCUCCAUUAUUUGAUGUCUUUAGGAACAGGUUAGGCAGCCUCUGUCAGAAAAAGCCCGAGUAAAUUGAUCCUGCUGGGAGGGACAGGCUUAAGAUCUCUUGAUGUCUCCACAACCUUAUGAAUUUGCAGAGAUGUGAGCAGGCUGUAUGCGAUUGUGUCCUGGUAGAGCUCAUCGAGUGCUUUCUGGCCUUUCUGGAUAAAAGACACCAUACACACUUCACCAUAGCCCUAGUGAAAUUUGGAGGUUUAAAGGAGCCUGAAGCAAUCGAAUGCAUGAGAAGAUUCAGUUCAGGGGCACCACACAUGAAAGAAGGACAGGKAGCAGUAAGAUUCAGAAUCACUAAUUUUGCAGUUUUGUAGUUAUCUGGAGUAAAAUCAUCAUCUUCUAAAAUUACCAUUGUCAUUCCUUCAGUCAAGGCACUGCAGAACAAUGAAAAAACAAUGCUAUUUGUUUUGAAGAAUUAGUGAGUUUUUCCUCUUAAUAGAAGGAAAGUGUUAGGAAUGGUGCUACGCUUUGGAGUUUUUGAGGGAAAGCAUAUUGAUAGUUCUAAAAUAUAGUUUGGCCUUUGAAAAUCAAGACAAUAGACCUACAAAAUCUGCUCUUUUGUGCUGCUUCCUGAUAGAGCUUGAAAGACAUAUCCYGGCACCCCUGCCAUUUCUAAUGUAGCUUUUAAUUUUUAAAAAGGAAAAUAGCUUGUGGACAGGUAGGGUAGCUCUGUGCUUAUGGGAGUAGCUUAUUUCUGUAUGUAAGUUCCUUGUUAAAACAGGCUGUGAAGCAAAAAUGUACCCACCUUCAUSUUUCAACCAAUGGGUGGCCCAGGGAUAUGAACUUUAUGGGGACACACACAGGUGGCAUUGUACCAAGAAAAAUAAUUUCUCACGCAGUGCAAAUCAUCAGUGGCCAGAGUCUCCAGAAAGCAGCAGCAGAUGUCCUGAAUAUUUUGACAUUCAAGUCUGUAGAAAACUCCAAAGAGGGGGAAGUGAAAGAAUGGUGGCAAGUCUCUUGCAAGCAGUUUUAGGGAUGUGGGACUUCAUUUGCACAUGAGUGCGACAGCUCUCUUCAGCAAAAAGCAUGGUGGGAAGUGGGAUAGAUUUCGUCUUUUCUACMACUCAAAGGACUGAGCCAUCUGCUUUUCCAUGUCGUCAAGGAACAGUGUCUGGUCUGCUGGCUUUAUCUCUUCYGUGGGCUAUUUACUCUUUCCAUAGGUAACACAAAGGCUUCUUCAGACCUGUAGUAUUGCCCUCACUAUGAUUCAGUGUGCACGUAAAGCCAGUAGUUAUUUUAGGAAGCAAUAGCUGAGUCUGUGCAUCAGAUUUCCAGAUACAUUUUUGGGCAAGUUUUCAGAUAAUCCACUUAAAUGCAGUUAAAAUGCUUUGAAGAUAUCAAAUGCCACAUUACUGAUAAGCACUGAUUAGUCAUGCAAAUAAAUGGAGAUGUUUUAAUUAGGGCAAAAUCAACAUGACUUUUACUGUGGAAAAGAGCCUGUGCAAACACAUUAAAUAGGUAAUUUAUUAGUGGGAACAACCUGUGAUUAAGGGUGCUGUGUUUUAACUUCUCGAGGAGAAUAAUAUACUUAGCAAAGUAGCAAUGCAAGAGAGUAACAUCUUGAUAAGCUAAAAACCAAUAACAUCUGUUUUUCAAAGUAUUCAUAAAAUUAUAAGUUAGGUAUUUGCCUCUUUAUGUCUGCUUGAGCCACAGUACAACUCCAAGUAAUCUACUCCAAUGUACUGCCUGAAAUGUGGCAGCCUUGCCAUCUGGUCAAUCUGAGAAUGCUUACAUAUCCUGUGGUGCUAUAGUAGCUUUGUUCUAGGAUUUGUCGUCACUUUUCUGCCAGGACCCUUUCUUCUUGCAGUAAUUUUUUUGUGUGUGCCUGUGACCUGCCAGCACCCUGACUGGGAGUGACAGCAAGUGACUGGAGCGUUUGCCACGAGGCCUUCUGGUGUUAUGUAGGUGUGUGAAGUGUUACUGGGUCAUUCUAUAUGUACUUCAGAGUCACUUUGGCAUGAUUGUGCACUUAURUGUAAGGUGAAUAGGAAUGGAUGCUGGGAUCAAGGUACUCUUAUGCUACACUUGCUCAGGAAGGCUGCUGAGAGUUGGAGCCAGACCUUUCAUGUUCUUGGAUAUGGUUGCACGCUGUGCUGUUGCUUUCCUUGGAAUCAGGAUAGGGUACCUCUGUGACRAGGAAUGGAGCAGAAUAUCAGACUGUUGUUACUGAUAUGUGUGUGUUUAUCACCUUUGACAAUAUAUCUGGGCAAUGURAGUGAUGAAUAUUUGAUAGACUAUGGGAAUACAACCCUGAAAUGAUUCCUUGUCUCUUUGUUUUUGGUGCCAGGGCUUGUUUAUAGUGRAGUGUGCCAAAGUUAACCUCCAAUUAAAAAUCAGGAGAGGCAACAGUUUACCCCAUGGUAAACACCACGUAGUGGCUCAAUUUACUCUCUGUCAGUUAGUCACAACACCCACAGUCUUUUUAAUUUAUGACUAAAAUGCAAAGGUGUAAUGUAAGUGGAUUUUCCAGUCUGGUUUCCUAGUUCCAGUGGAAUUUGCCUGAGCUUUAUGUAAGUAUAAAAGUAUUUACAUGUGUGUAUGCCUGUGGGWGUGUGUAUAUAACCAUGUAUUGAAUUCUGUUUCAACUACCCCACCGUAAUAUUUAUUAGAGAUGGAAUGGCGUGACCUGUCAGUUUCAGAUUUGCUCUUUUACCUUUGCUAAAAACCUUCCAAAGAGCUUAGGCUUWCAAACUACAGUCAAGGAACACAAGUCUGUUGUUGCCAUAUUUCCCUGCCCACACAGUCCCCUUUCCUAAAAAGAGGAUAAAACCARACUCAAGGGAAAGCUUUAGUGAAACACCUKAUGUAUAACUUCACACUUUAUGCCUAUAGGASUAGUAUUUCUCUCUUUUUUUUUUCCCCCUUAAACUGAGAAUAUGCAACAAUAAAUUUUCACAAUCAUGAGGUUACAAUGCCUAGUGAGGUAGGUAUUUAAAGUACCUACAAAAGUUCAGUGCAAAACCUAUUUUUAAUCAUUGCAAUUCUCCUUCUAGUGUAAUGGUUACACUCCAAGUGCAGCUGUGUCUGUCUCUGCCUUUUCAAAAAGAAGUCAAAUUUCAUUUAGAGUUGUGCUUUGAAAAAAACCCAAACAACUGCUGUGACUUCAUGACCUUUCUAAAAUGUGUUCUCUGCCUUUUAAAUAGGGACUUUCACUUGAAGGAAUUUACARCAGAUUUUCCUCUCAAUCCUUCACACUUAGAUCUUGGCUUCAUUCCAGAGUGUAAAAACUAGAUUUGUAAUUGCCUUAUUUACAAGGUAGGGUUUUCCCUUCUCGUUAUUUGCUUAACUUGGCGGAGUGUAGACUAUCAGGCGCCACUUAACCUUCUUAAAAAAUGUUUUAUUUCUCUUCUUUUUCUGAUAAAUAUCUAUUUAUUCUCCUGGAAAACCAUCAGAACAGAAAAAUCAGAUUAUUCUGAAUGUAAUUUGUAGUAUGAGACUGGGUUUAACAGAAGGGAAGAAACUAGAUAAAGUUGUCCUCUAUUUGAUUAGUAGACAAUUUGACUUAACAUUCACGUUGUACUUUUUUCCCUGAAAAUUACAGACCUAGAUAAAAUUUGGGUAAAACAGUGGUCUGAAUUUUCAUUCCAGGCUUUAAACAAGACUCAAGCAUGGUAAAUGUUCUGGGGAGCAAAACCAUUACUCCCAAUGGCUUAUGGCUUGACUCUGUGGGUUACUUAUUUAUUUUUACCUUCAGUCUCUGCCUCAUGGAUACCUGACUGGCUCUAGAAUAUGUGGAGACAGCACAGGGACACUUGUCAGGGACACUUAUGCUUCCAGGACAUCCUCAAGCCUUUUGCUCCCAAAUGUGCCAUCGUGUGCUCUUUGGCUUCCCUGCUGUCCAAAACAGGUCCCUGUCAGUGCUUUACUCUUCCCAAUGAUCCUAUCAGCAGGUCCCGGAACCAGCAUUCUCUUUAGGAAGAGAAAGUUUAUGGGGUGAGAGGGAAUAUAGUCCAGGGACUAACAGGCUAAAAGAGGGAUCCUGAGUGAGCUGGUUAUCCUCCCAUUGUCUGUCUUGGGACCCUGAUAGACCCUACAUCAGUCUCUGCUGGUUUUGGCCAAGAUGGUUUUGCUUGGUUUGGGAACUUCCCCGUGAGCAUGCAGACAGCGGGUUCACAUUACACAUUAUCCAGAUUUAUUUCAAAUGGAUCCAUGCAAAAAGCUAGUCCUUGUCUGGAAUUUCUGGCCAAUGUUUUUUUGCCAUGUUAUUUAACCUUUUUGCAAAUAUUGUGUGAGCAGCUGGCACUUGCAGUCUGACUGUGAUGCCCUCAGGGUUUUAUGUGUGUGACUGCUGUAGGAGGGCACCACAGUAAUUUCUCAGCUGGUUGGGCUGCUGAGGGCAUGUCAGUGGUGACUAACCCUGGUUGGAUUUUCUAGUCUACUCAGCCCUCUCUUUCUUCCUAUCUCCAAUGGACUGUGAAAAUAUUCUGAAUGUUACAAAUUGACUUGUUUGUGACAGUGCAACAGGCAGAUUAUUUAUCACAGCCUGGUGUACAAGUCCUUAGGRAAAUAUUUUUUUACAUGGUUUCCUACUUGGGGUUUUUUUAUGGCAUUUGACUGCUUGGCUGAGCUGUGUGGGUCUCUGCUCCUUACAAACUUCUGCAGUGGGAGAAAGAUGUUUUAUUGUUCUGGGUGGAUGAAUGUUGGUAUUCGUACAAAACACAGACUGUCUAGUCAUGCACAUUAAAAAAAAUCCAUUCCAGAUAAUGAUGACAAAAAAAGGAACAUACAUAMRUCAAAUAGGUCAUAUUCUGUAAAURCAGACAGUAGAUGACUUAGGUCUUGAUCCUGCAGGCAUUCAUCAGUGCGUGAAUACAUUUCUGUAGCACUGUUGACUUUCAGGACUGCUCAACUUCGUACGAUUAGUCCAAAGGCUAUGGAAUACCCGUAGUCAUUUUGUGAAACUCAUCUAGUUUAAAGUGUUACCAUCUUCAGGCUGUGGUCAUAYAUAUUUUGUAUUUCCUCACUGGGGAAGGCCACCCCAGUCACAGAGGUGACUGUAGCUGUUAACUGGGAACUGGUAAGCUGUGAGUGCAGGUCCAAGGGCUGCUGCAGCCCUGCUUUCCUUCUUGCAUCUAUCUUGCAGGAAAAGGAAUACCGGGGUGGAGAAAGUAAUGUUGAACUCUCAUACUGUAAAGUUUUAUAAAAGUGAAUACUUUCAGAAGUGUGGGGCAACCAAGAACAGCCAUGGCUCUUUGUGUUUCCUAUUUGGGUUAAUAGGGUGACUGACAUUCUAUACUGUGUAUAGCUUAUUGCAAGAUUCAGGUGUGGAAAUUCUUAUAAAUGCCUUUUAGUUUGACAUGAGGAAGGAAAUGUAGAAUGGCUUGUUUGGCCUCAUCUGUGAGCUAAAACAACCAAAUAAAAAGAGGACUUCGGAGAUAAAUCACUGUUUAAAACCAUUCUGUUUAAAACCAUCAAAARCAAGAUUGAAUUUAUUAGAUAGAUAUAGUUAUCUUUUUUAAGAAAAGAGAUUUAAAGCACAUAAAUGUUCCAUAUGGUUCCAGUGAGCACUGAUAGUAUUUUUAACUAUACUUUUUGAUAUCUUGAARGCUUGUGAGGUGUGCUUGUGUCUCAGCAGACAUUGAGCUGAUGCUCAUUCCCACACCAUCUCACUGUUGUUGAAUUGMCUGAAAUGUGAAAGUCCAGAUAUCUCCUUAGGGAAUGGUCUCAUGCUUUAUCAUGUGCAUGUGUAUUAUCAGAAUUCAGCUUUGAUUGAUUUCAUGCCAGYGAAAAAUAAUGUGUAGCUGAGUGAUAAUGGAAACCUGGAUACAAUUAAUAACAAGAGAAGAACUUGAAGGGAAAGAAUGAGAACAGGAAGCCUAAUCUUCAGCUUUUCUAUAUAUAGAAAACACCUCAAGGGUAAGCACAUACUGUGUUGUACAAAUACAUUUAAAAUGUGUUUUGUAGGCACAUAUUUUCAAUGUGUUGUCAUGAUCAGAAACACAUGUAGACUCUGAGAAGUUAUGUGAAGCAUGCAGUGCCCUUCCUCAUGCACAUAAGUAAGAGUUAUACACAGCGUAUAUGUGCGUAAAUAUUUAGCUGGAGCAACAGCCACAUAAGGAAUGCUUCAGAACCAUCCCCAAGUCAGGAAACCACAAAUUACAGGUCUGAAAUUUACCACACUGGCAUGYCUACAUAAAUAAAACCAACUGGAAAGAUAGGAGAGAGGAAAAACACAUUUACAAAUAGUAUUAGAUUAGAGAAGAGGAAAAAUGCUAAACUCUUUUCUUGGCUCUAAUCAGAAGGCAAAAGGUUACUACAGGCAGGAGCUUGCAGACUUUAGCUAAACAUCUUCCUGGUGCUGAGGAUGAGUCUUGGUUUUUGUUUAUUAUGCAUGCAAUCAGGGCUUUACACAUAAUCAUUAUUUUGAUGGAGGCCAAGMAGGGGCAUGGCUGGAUUUGUUUUUUCCCUUUCCAGGUACUUUGUCAUCAUCUUGCUCCCUCUUUAUCUCUGCCAAGUCUUUGGGAUGGGAUGAUGUCAUUGUCUUUAUCUACAUGUUAUCUACCAUGGUGAGCCCUUGAUCCUGACCAAGGGUGUUGGCUGUCUCAUGAAUGCUGGAUUAAGGAGCAGCCAUAGGAAACCUGAAUUUCUCUUGCAGACACUUCAGUAGAGUAAAUACAAGUGAUACUUGCAAAACCACCAAGACAACUGCUAGUUGUCACAAAGCCUUAUAUAGGCCUUGUUACAUCAGUCCUCUUCCAGCCCUCCCACCCUUAGCCUGUGCCAGAGCAAACUCCCAGAGCUCCUCUUCACACUCAGCUGUCACACUUGUAGCUCAGACUCUGCUGCAGCCGGGCUGAUGGAGGCUUGGAAAAAGCAGCUGCCUUGAAUGAUCAGUUGUUUCUCAGCCCCAGAUGUGCCUGGAACUGAAGCACAGMAGGUAAAAUGCAAUCCUUGGAACUGAACAGUAAGAAAAAGGGGUGUCAGGAGAUCUGAAGAAAGGAAGCAAAGUGACCGUGUGUAUKUGGAGUUGUCUUUCUGUCUCUGAAGAGAUUUCACUGAGCAGAAGUUUAAUUGGCUGGGAUGUGGAGCAUCACCACGUGGUAGAGCAAGGCAGGUGCUCAUUUCAUCUCCUACUCAGGUCUGCAACUGGUGAGAAGGUAGCAAGAAUCUCUGCUCUUCCUCCUGCAGUCUUCUUGGAGCUCUGCCCAUGUCCUCUGCUUCAACAGCUUGGAGGAUGUAAGGGAAGAAGAAGGGAAAGCAUUAUCUUUUCCACUAAGCUUUGAAACCAUUCAUGGAAGCUGAUGGCAAUGUUCUCGUUCCUUUGCGUCAGAAGGCAAGAAAGAAAAGUCAAGGGUUCUUUAUAAUGAGCCGCCGGAGGAUAUCGUGCAAAGAGCUGGGGCAAGCCGAUUGCCAAGGAUGGCUCUACAAAAAGAAGGAAAAAGGAGCUUUCAUUGGCAACAAAUGGAAAAAGUUCUGGUGUGUGCUAAAGGAGUCAUCGCUGUAUUGGUACAGCAGYCAGCUGGCUGAAAAAGCAGAAGGAUUUAUAAGACUUCCAGACUUCAGUGUGGAUCGAGCAAUUGAAUGCAAAAAAAAGCAUGCUAUUAAAAUCAGCCACCCACAGAUCAAGACAUUUUAUUUUGCGGCUGAAAAUGUUCUGGAAAUGAACACGUGGCUGAGUAAGCUGGGRAUGGCUGUAGACCCACAGGCACCAAACGGGAAGAACGAAGAAGAAUGCUACAGUGAAAGUGAACAUGAUGAUCCAGAAAUAACAGACACACCACCUCCACCYUACACAGUCCAGACACCACCUCCUCCUUCGCAGGACCAGCAGAAGUCAUCUUUCACCUCAACUCUGUCAAGUGAAGCAUCUUGUUCUCUCUCCUCCCCUGAAAGCACUUUCAACUCCCAAGAAUCAUCGUGUUCCUUGGCAUCCAAAGUGGUUUAUUCCGAGAGGCAGUCSUGGCUGGACCUGGUGAACAGUUCUGCCACGGAGGAGGGUGAUCAGCCUUUAACGUUCUGCGUACAGAUUCAUGCUGAUGAGCCGCCAGAAGUUGUCUGUGGAGAUGCAGCAGAAAGCCAGGAAGCUCAGCUUUCUGAACCAAAUGGUGGAUCCCAAACCUCUUACUUGAAUGCAGACACACACUGUCUUGCUGUGCCAGAUGCAACAGGACAGAGAUCACCAGCCAGAGACCAGGAAAAAUGUGAUGAUGAUGACGAGAUGGAGCGACUUUACAAGUCAUUGGAGCAAGCAAGCCUGUCUCCCAUUGGUGAUCGUCGGCUGUCAACUAAGAAGGAGCUUAGGAAGUCAUUUAUCAAGCGCAGCAAAAAYCCCUCCAUUAAUGAGAAACUCCACAAAAUUCGAAUGCUGAACAGUACAUUAAAGUGUAAGGAACACGACUUGGCCACAAUUAACCAGCUGCUCGAGGACCCAAAGUUGACAGCGGUGAAGUACAGAGAGUGGAGGAGCACAAACAUCAUGCUGGUCCAAGAUAUUUACCAGCAGCAGGAGGUCCAGGACAUGUCCACAGAGAACCGUGAGGAGCAAGAGAUGACUCCACAGCCAAUCACUGAAAGUGCUAUUUGAUCAAUGGCUCAUUGCAAGGUUUUUCUCCACGGGUCUUCACAUACAAGCAAUGUAAGCUGCUGUAUCCUGAGRUUUGUUUUUCGCAAGUGUUCAAAAGGAAAACAACCCCUUCUCCAAAGCAUUGAUUGCUCUUGCAGAAUUCAUUUAAUGUCAAAAGGGAAAGUCUCCRAGUUCAAAGAGCAUGCCUGAACCUGGCCUGCAUACUGGAGAAGAGUAUUUAACAAAGCAGCGAAGAAAUGUUUGUCAGUUUUUGGAGUAGAAAAUUCUGUGUCCAGCUCCUGGAAGGCACAGAAUUAUGAAAUACGUACUGUAUAAAUAUGAGGUCCUUGGGAUUGUCUUAACCAUUUUACCUUGAAAUGAAGCUAAACUGAUACCAGCAGGAUGUAGUCUACUCUACCUUUUUACCCUCUACAGUAACCUGUUGUAUGCAUUUUCAUCUCUUCAUCCAUUUGUUUUCACCACUCCAUGUUUAAACUGAGACAAAUGGAAGAGUAAUUAUUUUAUUCUAGAGAUGGCUGCCAGAUGACCAGUUUGAGCUCUGCCUGAUGUUUUAUGAGUUUCAAUUUAUCUAUGGUCCAGGCCAAGAAGGUACUGUCUUUCUACGUGAAGAAGAGAAGGUCUCUCAGUUUUUGCGAGCAUGUAAUUUGCUCUUCAGUGAGACAAGUUUCAAGGUUUCUUAUGGACUUGGCAGAAUUCCUUGGAAGAUUAUGCUCUUCUUUCUUAUUUUUGACAAUUGGGAGUAUAUAAGGUACAAGCUCAUCCUAGAGUCCGACUUAAGGAAGGUGAUCAAGUUCACAAGGCAGAAGCUAAAUAACUAAACUCCUCAAUGUGGACCUGGAAGUGUAAAACAAAGCUGCAAAUAUUUUUGUAAAUAGAUGUAAUUUUAUGGCUUAUAUGAAUGUGACUAUGUACUGUAUAGAUGUUUUAUUUAUAUAUUUAUAUAUGCUGAAUUUCCUAAUAUAAAUAGGCACAUGUGGACCAAACCAACCCAGAUGCGAGUGCUUAUARGUUGACUUGAAAAGCCUCUUCGGUUUUUAUUGCAUUAUAGAUCACAGUAAUGGCUCUACAGCUGAGACUACCCUGAGACAUCUGCUGUGACUCUUUCUUCUGCUUUUCUAGCUUUAAAUUUUAGAUGAAGAAAAUCUGUAAAACUUAAGGCCUGAAAAAAAGUUUUCUAAAAAGUUUCAAGGUUUCCCUUUAGGGAAACUAAAAUAAGAGGUUUUGCKGCAGGACCAUGAUUUUUUGGCUUCAUUCUCCUCAGUACAAGGUUUUGGUUUUUUGCCUUCCCCUCUUCUGCAGUAUAAUGAAUUUUGCAGAGUGCUGAAUUUUGUAAAGCAAGAAUUAGCGCACCAUUCUCAAAUUAAUGCCACUACAGAAAUUGUGACAACCUGYACUUCCGUUGCUAUUUCAUAAAGAUAUUAUUUGUCAAUAAUUUUCAAUAGAGUUUAUCUUUAAAAGAAAACUACACUAUAGAGAUGCAGUCAUAUUAAUCUGUCUUUAUACAUUAUAUGUUUUAUCAUAGUUGGUCUGAGAAACCAAAAGGUAAUGGUGUUAAUAGGAACAUUUGAAAUCUUUUCCAUCUGUGUAGUGAUUAGUUUGACUGUUGAUAUUACAUUUUUAAUACUCAGCAGCAUUUCUUUUAAAAUAGGGACAUGGAAAUAAAUGAAAAUGAAUAAAUGGGGAAGCAGACACAAAUUUUUGGAUGGUUAACUAUCCUUUUCAGGAAAUCAUCAUAUGAGUGGUGAUUUCACCACUUUACUAAUUCUAACUAGAAGUUGACAGACAUUAAGCAAGCUUAAUACCUGGUGCAAUUUGGUUUAGAGUAAUUGCAUCUUGAAAAUGGAGCCCAUUUUUAGGUUACUUUUUUUUUUUUUUUUUAAUUUUUCUUUCACCAUUCCCAUUGAAAUGCUGUCAGUUAACUUCUGAGAGCACCCAGAAAAUUAGGAGUGUAGGGAUUAAUCUGCUUGGUCCAUUUAAUUUUUAACUACCUGGUGCUAAGUAAUUGAUAAAUAUUGGAGGUCGAAUUGCAUGGAUGUUUUCUAUCACACAUAUGAGUUUCUUUUGAAACAAAGCAUGUAAACACCAUUUUUCUUCCAAAGCAUCUGCACCUAGAUGUUGAAAAGAAGCAUGUGUUUAAGUGGCCUGCUGAGCUGGGCCAGGAAAGUCAGUGCCUUGCAGUUCUGAGUAAAGUCCUAGUGAACUCCAUUUGCUAAAGCAGAUUUGCAGUACACAAAGAAAAGCACCAUGUGUCCUGUACAUGCUGUGGYGGCUCUUUUCACACUGUGUUUGGGUAAGCAUAGGCAAAACAGCUUUCCCAAAUAUAGAGACAAGCAAAUGCCCUUGGACUGCCCAAACUCUGCCAUUGGUUCUGUCAGAUUACAUAGCCUAAAAUUG